GUCCUUUCUGUUUGCGCAUGCUCGACAAAUGUAGCUGCCGUAGCCAGACAGCAGCACGGAGAGCCGAGACACCGGGGAGGGUCUCUGCAUUUUAACAACAAAACCAACGUUAUAUCUCCACAAAAUGAAGUUUCCUUACUCAUAGAUUCGUGAGGAUAUGGUGAGGAGAAGGUGUCCCAUGCUGCAUUAGUGGAAUAGUGACAUGCUGGCCUGUCUGCCAGCAUCAGGUGACCCUACCAUCAGACUUCUCUCCCGCACGCAGAUGAACACUGGACUUCAGAAAUGGGAAACUACACAGAAGAUGAGAUCUGCCAGCUAUCCAACCCCAGCAGAGUUGGAUGCCUAUGCUAAGAAAGUUGCCAACAACCCUCUGACCAUCCAGAUCUUCCCCAACAGUGUCAAAGUACCUCAAAGGAAGCACAUUCGACGCACAGUCAACGGGCUUGACACAUCCUCGUCCAGCCAGCGCCACAGUCCCUACCCCUCUCAGGUCAGCGCCAGUGGGGGCCUGCUGGCUGUCCUCCGUGCGCCUGCCAAAGGUGUCAUCAAAGAGUCAGACGGCAGCCGGGCCCGACAGCUUCAUAAGGCCAUCAUGAACCCUCACAGUGGGCCGUACGCCACUCAAAGCACUUUAAAUCUUCCUCAGCCCGCGCCUCACCUACAGGGCCCGUCUCAGCCUGCGGUUCAGGCUGCCCAGAAGCAGGGCAUGGUUCACCCACAGGCGCUACAGCAGCAGCAAAGCAUGACUCACCCAAUGACUUUACAGCAGCCUCAAACUAUGCCUCACCCGCAGGCUUUACAACAAAGGAACAUGGCUCAUUCACAGGCUCUGCAGCGGCAGCAGAGCCUGUCCCAGGUUCAGACUCCACAGCAGCAGAGAUUGGCUCAUCCACAAGGCAUACAGAGGCAGCAGAGUCUGCCUCACACCCAGGCCCUACAGCAACAGCAGAGCCAGUCUUGUCCAUCAGUCGUACCACAGCAGCAUCUUUCUCACCUUCAGACACUAAAGCAUCAGACGGCUCCUCCGCAAGCUUUACUUACACAACAGGGAGUGACUCAGGAUCUGCGCCACAUAUCUGAUGGAGCUCAGCUUCCGAGCCUGCAGCACACCCAGGGGCUCGUUGGCUCACAGCCCCUUCCCCAGGCUGUGGGUGCAGGACCCCCUGCCAUGUCUAAUAGCCUCCAGCAGCCCCCACCAGGGGCGUACGGGCCCCGGAAGCUCCCUGAUGCAGAUGCCCCACCAAAUGUAACUGUAUCUACCUCCACCAUCCCACUGUCCAUGGCAGCCAGCUUGCAUCAGAACCGACCCGGUGACCUGAGCAGCAUUGUGCACCAAAUCAACCAGUUGUGCCAGGCACGGGCUGGCAUGGGCACCACCUCAGUCUGUGAGGGCCAGAUCGCAAACCCCAGCCCCAUCAGCCGCAACCUGCUGAUCAACGCCAGCUCAAGGGUGUCCUCUCACCACCCGGCUCUGGGCUCUGUGCCCAGCUGCCUCAUGGUGGGACCCCCAGACAAAGCUUCAGCUCAGACUCCCAAUGCUGCUCUCCAUUCACAGCCCAAUAUAGCUGCUACUAAUAGUAUACCUGCCUUUCACACAGACCCCGAGAAGGUACAGCUGCAGCAACAGCAGCAGCUUCAGCACCAUUUACAUCAGCAGAAACAACAGCAGCAACAGCAGUUGCAGCAGCAGCAGCAACAUUUACAACAACUACAGCAGCUGCAGCUGCAGCAGCAGCAGCAACAGCAACAACAACAACGCUCCUGGGCCCAGCAUCAGCUGGCCCACAUGCAGCAGCCCCCUGAGGGGGCCCAUCCCUGCAAAAACCCAAGGAUGGAGGCUCCAACUGAGUGUACUUUCCCCUCCCGAAACCUCAACUAUCCCCACAAGCUACCAAACACUGCACAGUCCUUUCCUCUAAAACACCCUGCAGAAAAACCUCGACCUUCAUCCCCUGUUAACUGCCCAGUAGGUUCUAUGCCUUACAUUAAUAGCCACUACAUGCAGCCACCGUGGGGCAGCAUUUCAGCCACAGCAGGUAACAAUGGAUCCGGCCCUCAGGACCUCCCAGUGGCUUUCCAGGGAGGGCAGGCUGCUUCCUCCACAGACCGCAUCCCAGGGGCAAAGUACAGGCCAGGGAAAGAGGGGCCUAGCAGUCAAUCAAAGUUGAUGCAGAAUGUGGAUUUCUUAGGAGGGGACUUCCAGAUGCCCAGCUUUCAGGAGCAGAACUUGGAUGUGAUGGAGAAGAUGCACAGGUCGGCCAUGGGCCAAGUUCAGGAGCCCAGCAGUGGCGGAGCUGUCCACACUCAUCACCCAGGCUACCGUUAAAGCGCGUGCUUAUCCCCUCUUGGUGUUUUGAGUUUUGUCUCAGCCGCUACUUUUAGCUUCUGUGGUUUAUUCUUUAAGAUCUUGCAAGUGAUCAAUUACAUUUUAUUGCUUCAGAGCUUGAUUUAUAGACCCACCAGGUUGUGAUGUUUCAAAGUAUUCCUCAGGUCUUAAGCCAUGUCGUACCUUUGUUGCAGAUGAAGGGUUUUUGAGAUUGUUGUCCACAGUUGAGUAGAAUUUCUCUUUUCAUCACUGGCAUGGAUGUGCUGCUCUUUGUUCAUGUAUAUAUGGCAUUCUAUAAUAUUCAUUUGCAGCUGAGAAUAUACUUGCCAUAUGAUUGUCACAGUGCUUCUCUUAGGUUGACAUGGAACAACUCAACUUUUUUCAGCAUUUGUGGCCUUACAACUGCCCAAAGGCAAGAUUUAGGAUGUCCUUGUGUAUUGUUUUUAUUUGCAGUUAUUUAUCCUUUUAACAGGUUUGUGAUCCAUUUAAAUAAGAAGGUUACAUGUAUAUGCAAUUAAUAAGACUGUUGAUAAGGUGUUUGUCCCAGAUGCUCCCUCUUGUAGUUGAGGUGUACACUGUUAAAGGGCCCAAAGUGAGAGCCACGACUCAACUUGGCUUCCAAACUGCGCUGUGAGUGGUCCAGGUAGUUUUUGCAUGGGUGAUCACAGUGUGUAAAAAUGGCUAACUUUCACUGUUGAGCAGAGUUUCAGUUAAAAAUGAGACAAACCCAGCACUAGCAAAAACUGUAACAUUCUCCAUCUCUGAGAUUUACUUAGUUUCUCAAGUUGCAACUAGGUUUCUCUCAUGUUUGGAAAGUUUAAAGUGCCCUCUUGUGUGUAAUAUUUCAAUAUUUGCUUUUGAAGUAGUUCUUCUUUUUAUUACAGUUUUUGUUGUAUUUCUGUAGAUGGUCCUACUUGAACUGUAGAAAUUACGUUUAAAUGUUAUGGUUAACAUUUGGCAAAAGGAGCAGAAACUCCAUUAGCCCCUAUUUGUCUAUAGCUAAUGUGAAACAGAAUGGCAUCCCAUUAUUAUUAAAAUGGUUUAUGUAUGUUAGUAUGUGAAAAGCAAAUUGAUCACUUGCAAGCAUGCAAGUACUUCAAAUAAUGCAAGCUGGGAAAAUGCUUCAUUUCCCCUCUAACACAUUUCCUCACCACUUUACUACUGUAAUGCAAGUGAACUGAUGUGGUGUGGACAUUAUCUGUGUGGCUUGUGGUGGGCUGUUCAUCUACUAAUCACUGGCCUUACCCUGUGUCGUAAUUCUGCUACCUAUAAAGAAACAAGUUGGAACAUUUACUGCAGGUUAUGUUUUGCUAGAUGUAUCUAGCACAAAGCUCUGGACCCAUUUCCUCCUCUAGUCCUUUUUUCGGGUUGAUGUUGUCCGGGCACAUGUUGCUCUGCUAUCCUCAAGCCUUCUGGAAAAAGCCUUAAAUGUCACAGUAGUUAUCCUCUACUUAAUACUUACCUUAACUGACUUUCUUUGCCAGGAUCCCAACUUAAGUGUGGCUUCAUUGUGAGAAGGAGUAAGUUAUUUCUUUCUUUUCCCUGAGCUUUGGUUCAUUUGGAAACUGUACUGUCAGAUCAUUGGGCAUUGUUAAUAUGGGUAGGCAGUGGGUAUGGAUGAUAUUACUGCAGGUUUUGCAGCUGAAAUAUUAAGGUAAUAUUGCUACUCAUACCUGUUGAUAAAUCACCCAUCCUACGGUCUCAAAUCUUGCCUAUCUAUCAUGAAUUUAAGAUGAUUUUAAGAGUAAAAUAUGAAUAGUAUUUAGCAGAAUUAAUAGGUAUGUAGAACAGGGCUGUAGCAGUUAUUUUAAAGUAUUUGGACUGUGUUUUAGUUGUUAUACUUAAUAAAUAUCCUGAUAUAGUUUCUUAAUUUAUUUUUUGGACCACUGCAUCCUGAAGCCAUAGGUGAUUUCACAUUAGGUGCCAUAGGUGACACAUAUUGACACAGACGGUGUAAACAGAUUGUCUGCACUCAGAGGCAAAUAAGGGGUUUGCAUCUACGCUUUAACCUGAUGUCUUUCACAAUGCCGAGCAUUUUUCCCUCUCUGAAUCGUUCUCAGAACACAGUACAGGUCAAAAGAGAGAAAGAAUGGCGAGAUGAUGUGUCAUCUUCUGAGAAAGACAGCUGAGAUGCAAGCCGUACCUUUUCUGGAUUUUGGUCUUCAUACUUGAUGGCAGUUUAUUUUUUUUCCUGGCUCUCAUUUUUGAUGUGCCUGCCCCUCGAAGCUGCUAUUGAAUUUAAUCUUUACACACACUAGUAUGAUUUGUGUGUGCGUGUGUGUGACUAAUAAUGACGUAUGGGCUGUAUCAGUGAAAAUAGGUUCCUAUUUAUGGGAUGGGUGAAGGAAGGGUGAAAAUUGCCACCACUCUAAUGCUGGUGAAUUGGCUAAUGGCUGUCUAUUCUACCAGCCAUAUUUGGAGACGAUACUAAAUACAUAAUACCUGACCAGUGUUCAAAGUGGUAAAGUGAUUUUCAGGAGUCUGUCCCACUGUGGCCUAAAGACAGACACCUUCCAGGCCUGUUUGAGUUUCUUAACUUCAAAUCAACAGUCACUGAGUGAAAACACUAAACAAUUUGACCUGUCCUGUUAAUUUUGAACUGCCUCGUUACAGCCCAACAUAGUCAGGUUCUACAGUUUCAUAUGAAGUGCCUCCACUGGGCUUAGUAUGGAGAAACGUGUGAAUGGAUGCUUGCGACUUGCGUGUGUGUAUGUUAAGCUUGGGUACUUGCACACAGGUGUGCACGAAGUUAAUCUUUGAUGGGGGACCAAGCUACUUAGUGUAACUACUGAUACUGUGUCAUGGACUGAAGUCCUGAAGUGUGCCACGAUUCCUAGACACUGUCGGGAUGUGUGAACUGUUUGCUGCUGACUCACUGACCAAAGUGACCAAGCGUCCCUCUCUGUAACCACCCCGGCCAAAAACUUUGGCAAGCUUGUAGUGGGAACUUGUCAUGUUCUAACAGUAAUAAGCAACAACCUGGUGACAUAAAGCAGAGCUGCUGCCCUCAUUUGGAUGGUUUAAGAAAAUCUUGUGAAGUAAAAGUGUAAAGAUGUGAACAGAGCAUUAAAAAAAAAUCUAGAGUGAGUGGUUCCUGUCUGCACAGUACACCCCGAUGUUUUUCUCCAAGCAAGAUUCAGAUAUUGUUGUUCUAACCGGAGCUUAAUCUGUGUUUUGUGGUUCCAUUUCACAAUAUUAUUACCAUGUAGAAAUCUUGUCACCCACAGUACAUGUCAAUAUGCACUGUAAGAAUCUAAUCAACGUAAGCACAUUGCAGCUCAUGUUAGUUGACACAGAUGGCAAUAUUUAUUGGGGCCACAGGUAUGUAACAACUCUCUCUAGAUUUCUUUUUUACUCCAGUUAAUGAUUAUCUUUGAUUUUCAAAGAUACAUCAAGUGAACGGUGGUGGAGGGGGGCUUACUUUCUCUACUUUGUGAAAAUGUGAUAUUCCAGUUUUGCCUAACCUUCAGGAAUAAAAUGUCUUGCACAAACAUUCCCCCUAACCAAAAUAAAGUUUGCAAACACAAA